AUGAUGAGAUCCAGAGAUUUCAACAUCGCCGAGAUCGAGGCGCGUGGGAAAGACUAUCGCCAGUGGAUGGAUGAUCCCGCAUAUGCUUCUGCCCGUGGUAGAAACUGUCCUCAACCAUGCAAAAUCACACUUGAUAGUCUGACAACCGGGCCGUGGAAUGUGAACCAAGUAGAAGCGCCGCUCCCCAGUCCUAGUAUACUUUACACUCUCGAAGUCCUAUUUCUUACUCAGCCUACGUUUAAAAAGAUCGAUGUCAAGUCCUGGAAGGAUGGCCCCUUCCCCGACUAUGCCAACUGGGUUCAAGCAUAUGUUACCUCUGGAGCCAUUGUGCUUCCAGUAGUAUGGCGAUCCUUUGGACCGCAUCUCUCUGAGAUCGUAGUUGCCAUUUAUCGCGCUCAUUACCCUGAUGUUUCCUUGAAGCAGGUGUUCUUCACCACGAUCACCAACGCCCAGACUGUCGAUUCUAUAAGAGAGCAGCUCUACGAGGAAAACGACAUGGAGUUUGGCAUCCAUGAUCACCAGGCGUACUGGGAUCAUGGAACGCGGGAGUACGACAUUGCUCUCGGGACGCCUAUAGGUUCUAUUGUUGGAGCGAUCGUGCUUGGAUUGUUCCCACGCGGGACCCACCACAUUCGGAAGAUCUUGACGUGGACCAAGGAAGACAAUCGUAUCUUUUUUGAUAUGGGAUUUAGCAUCAAGCCCAUGGAUGCCCCGAAUACUCCCAUCGAUUCGCCCCUGACGAGUGUUCCUCCCACCGAGGAGGAGAAUGAGCUUACUCCCUUUCCAGGUAUACCUGUCGCUCCGUUUCCUGCAGAUGUUUCUGAUACUUCUACCCUCUCUAAUGCCGAUAGUAACCCUUCAACUCCGAAGAGCUAG